CAACAGACAGUCUCCUCAAGUGGUUCGCUGUGGAGAUUAAGAGGGGAAUAAAUUCAGGAAGUUCAGUAAGAACUGAAUUUACCGGCGCCAAGGUGCGUUUGGAAAGCUAACCGUCCAGGAGUGGCAGAACUGGAGAGAGAGGCACAGCGAGAGAGACCAGAGAGAGAGAGAGAGAGAGAGAGAGAGAGAGAGAGAGAGAGAGAGAGAGAGAGAGAGAGAGAGAGAGAGAGAGAGAGAGAGAGAUAGAGAGAGAUAGAGAGAGAGAGAGAGGGAGAGAGAGAGAGAGAGAGAGAGGGAGCCGCACCAAUAAGAAAAAAACUGGGAAAAGUUACGGAUGCAAACGUCCCAUUGACACACACUGAGAAACCAGAACGAUUCAUCAACUGUUAAGAUUUUCUAAUUAAAAUACCAUCUUAACGACUCAGAGAGGAAACAUCUACAGUCAUGAAGAAAUAUUCAUAUCCAGUGAGAUCAGCCAGCGGGCGGACAAGGAGAACAGAAAGAGAGGGAUCUGGCAUCACCAGUCCCACCCUGAAACGGUCAUUUGAGGUGGAGGAGACAGAUUCAUCCACACACCCUUCACCUCUGUCUCGUAGGAACACCAACCCCCUCCGCUCAUCCACCUCCUCCACAUCUAGCCAGCGGAGCUAUGACCUGGGCUCCCGCAACUCUGACUACUCCUCUUCCAGAUCCUCUCCCUCUGAGUCCUCCAAUCCACGUUCCCCAAAGGCCGGCAUGAGGCGCAUUGAGUUAUCAGGGAGUCGUAACCCUGACACAGCAUCAUCCCGCCGCACAGAAAUGUCCAUUGAGGUCUCCUCUAAGCAGAUUGACAACUCACCCAGUCCUGGCAUCGCCCGCUUUGGCCUCAAGCGGCCUGAGGUCAGUCUGAGCAAUCGGAGUACUCCCCUGGACACCUCCUCCAACUCGACUUCCAGCUCCACAAACAGGCGGGCAGAGCUCAGCAUGACACGGCCCCAUGAGCCCCCUGUCCCUCCCAAAAGGAUGGAAGCCCCGCUGUCCUCGGCCCCAGUCUCGAGGAUCCCUGAGCCCCCUCAGAGAAGAGGAGAGUCCACGUCCCCAAUCAUAAGCCCAGUUGAGGGAGCCUCCAGGAGGCCGGAGAUGCCUGUGUUCAGACAGCCGGAAGGUUUGGUGUCAAGCAGUGCAGUAGAGAACAACUACCACCUGCCUCCUGCACCUAGUGCUCCCCUGCCUUCCCUGGAAGAGCCAAGGGUGGAGAGGGUGCAGAGGGUGCAGUCAUCUGUCACAGAGCCACCCACAGCCCGGACAACAGACAGACCAGAAGUGAUUCCCAGCUACAGCAGCCGUGCCAUGUCUGAGGCAGUGGCACCUGAUGCUAUGGUUUCCCCAGCAGUGGGUAUCCCGUACGGCGAGAAGGCCAGUGGCCCUGUGUUGGACUUUGGUUAUGUGGGCAUUGAUGCCAUUCUGGAACAGAUGAGAAGGAAGGCCAUGAAGCAGGGCUUCGAGCUCAACAUUAUGGUUGUGGGACAGAGUGGCCUGGGAAAGUCUACGCUAAUGAACACGCUGUUCAAGUCUAAAGUCAGCCGUAAAUCAGUGCUGGCUACAGCCCAGGAGAAGAUCCCCAAAACAAUCGAAAUGAAGUCCAUCAGUCAUGACAUUGAGGAGAAGGGAGUGAGAAUGAAGCUGACAGUCAUUGACACACCAGGCUUUGGAGACCAGAUCAACAAUGAGAACUGCUGGCAGCCCAUCAUGAAGUUUAUUAAUGACCAGUAUGAGGCGUACCUGCAGGAGGAGAUUAACAUAAACAGGAAGAAACGGAUUCCAGACUCCAGAGUCCACUGCUGCAUAUACUUCAUUCCCCCGACCGGACACUGUCUGCGGCCUCUUGAUGUAGAAUUCAUGAGACGUCUCAGUAAGGUGGUCAACAUUGUCCCAGUUAUUGCCAAGGCGGAUACACUCACCUUAGAGGAGAGGGACUUCUUCAAAAAGAAGAUCAGGGAAGAGCUGCGAGCCAAUGGGAUUGACGUGUACCCUCAGAAGGAAUUUGAUGAGGAUGCUGAGGACAGAAUGAUCAACGAGAAGAUUAGGGAGAUGAUUCCAUUUGCUGUGGUGGGCAGCGACCAGGAGUACCAGGUCAAUGGCAGGAGGCUGCUGGGGAGAAAGACCAAGUGGGGAACCAUUGAAGUUGAGAACAUAGCCCACUGUGAGUUUGCCUAUUUACGGGAUCUCCUCAUCAGGACCCAUAUGCAGAACAUUAAGGACAUCACCAGCAGCAUUCAUUAUGAAAUGUAUCGUGUUAGGCGCCUCAAUGAGAAUAACACAGUGUUGGCUCAUGCCAACGGUAUCCCAGAACACCAUCUUUCUGCCCACGAGAUGUAGACGCCACCUGCCCUAAUGCAGUUGACCUCUACUGGGUGUAAUUCGUUUGCUAUGACACUCCCACCACUCCAGCCCUCCACUCCAUCCAUCUCACAGGUGGGAUAGAAACUCAACAGCCUGCCAGAGGGACUUUAUUUUCGAUGACUUUCGGCGGCUCAAUGGACUGCUCAUGUCGGUUUAUUGCCUCAUUAACACUAUUGCUGACAAAGAGAGUGAAGAGAAGUUUGAGCAUCUUAACAUGCUGCAGCUUGAUUUAACCUGCUUCCAGGUCUUACAGUUAACCUUUGUGGUUUUUUCUUUGUGUUAGCUGACAUUAAGGUAACUAUCAAACAGAACGGACUGACGCUUAUUAUCUUUCAGUGUCAGAAUUACCUAACAUGUUAAUCUUGUUCAUGUUUACUUUUUCAAGUUUGAUGUUUUUUUAGCAGUGCUUUUAACAGAAGCACAGAUUUGUGUCUCUAUGCACACAGCUGUAUCAACAUAUGUGGGAAGUGAUAUGAUUCAUUAUUGCACUUGAUCACUACAUAGUCUGUCAUUGAGCAGCAUGUUGGAAGGCGGCCAGGCACUACUUUGCCAACAUGUGACACACAUAAAGUCAUCAGUCUCUCUGUGAUGAAGCAUUAUUCAACUCUCUCCUUUUAGUUAAACAAAAGAAGCUUAUGUUUGUAUCUUUUUUUGUCACUGUGUUUUACUUUUAACGGUUUGUUAAAUCUUCAGGGGUUGUCAGGUCCUCAACUUCUUUUUAAAUUCCAAGUUAUAAAUGUCAUUGCUUAUUAAUAUAAAUAUCUUAAAGGUGAUUUAAGAUGAAGUAUUUAUGCAAGAUAUAAAAUGUCAACAGUUGUGGUCCAUUUAUUCAGAUUAUUAACACACACACACACACAUGCAGACACAUACACACUCACUCAGAUACCUUUCCUGCUUUUGGGCCCAUCAUAGUGCCUUAUUUAUUGGAGAACGUUUUCUAACAUUUUGGCUGAAACUGGAAAGAAACCAGGUUUGUUGGUGCCAAGUACAUUUUGACAUUUUUUAAUCUUUUCUCCUUGUUUAUCCAGUCUUCUAUUAAGCAGUCCACUUCUACUUCUAUUUUUAAUACUAUACCAAGGAUCUUUACCUGUUUGAACCAUAUAUAAUUCCCUAAG